UCGCUACUACCAGAGAGGAUUUGUUUUAGGAAGGUACACACCCAGUGACAUCAGUUUUGAAGAAAAAAAGAAAAAAGUCUCAUACAGACGCUGUUGUGCAGGAUCACAGGGGGCCAGGGGCGCCUUCCUAACCAUUGCUUUUUUUUUAUUUAUUUCAAACAACUUUUUUUGGUUAAAAAGAAAAUAAUAAUUAUAAUAAAUAAAGUAUUCAUUUACAGGACAGUAAGGGAUCUAGCCGGAUCUUAAGCAGACAUGUCAGCUUCGGACGAGACAGAUGCACUGCGGCCGAGAUAUGGGUCUGUUCUGGACAGCGUGGAGCGCCUCACUGCAGAGGAGAUGGACGAGCGCCGGCAGCAGAACAUGGCGUACGAGUACCUGUGCCACCUGGAGGAGGCCAAGCGGUGGAUGGAGGCCUGCCUGGAUGAGGAGUUGCCCCCCACCACAGAGCUGGAAGAGGGGCUGCGAAACGGAGUCUACUUGGCCAAGUUGGGCAACUUCUUCUCUCCGCGCGUCGUGUCCCUUAAGAAGAUCUAUGACCGCGAGCAGACCCGAUACAAGGCCACAGGACUCCAUUUCAGACACACAGACAACGUGAUCCAGUGGUUGAACGCCAUGAACGAGAUCGGCCUGCCAAAGAUUUUCUAUCCAGAGACGACAGAUAUCUACGACAGAAAGAACAUGCCUCGCAGCAUCUACUGCAUCCACGCGCUCAGUUUGUACCUGUUCAAGCUGGGAUUGGCCCCUCAGAUCCAGGACCUGUAUGGGAAGGUGGAUUUCACAGAGGAGGAGAUCAACAACAUGAAGAGUGAAUUAGAGAAGUACGGAAUCCAGAUGCCCGCCUUCAGCAAGAUUGGCGGCAUCCUGGCCAAUGAGCUUUCAGUGGACGAAGCGGCAUUGCAUGCCGCGGUGAUUGCGAUUAACGAUGCCAUCGAUCACGGGGAACCGGGGGGCACCAUGGCAGCCAUGCGCAACCCCAACGCCAUGCUGGUGAACCUGGACGAGGGCUCCAGCCAGCGCUACCAGCACACCCUGCAGCAAGCCAAGCAGGACAAGGUGGCCAACGCCAGGAAACGGAUAACGGGAGAGAAUUCCCAAGAGGAGCGAGACGUCUAUGAGGAGUUGCUGACCCAGGCUGAGAUCCAGGGCAAUGUCAACAAAGUGAACUUGCUGAACUCUCUGGAGAUGGUGGACCGUGCCCUGCGUGGAGGUGACGAGGCUGCUCUCUAUGAUGCUCUGCGCUCGCAGGCUCUGGGGCUCCGCAGGCUGCAGCCAGACAACAAGGACUGGUACCUGAAGCAGCUGAGCACCGACCGCGAGGCCAAGGAGCAGAAUUUCCCAGGGGAGUUGCUGCAGAAGGAGGAGCUGCAGAACGGGGUGGAUAUCGCCACUGACAACGCCGACCGCUACCAGAAAAUGUUGCUGGCGGUGGAUCGGAUCAACACUGCGAUCCGCGGGGGGGUUGCGGAGGAGACAGUGUCAGAGCUGAUGAACCCUGAGGCUCAGCUCCCCCAGGUCUACCCCUCCGCUUCAGACCUGUACCAGCGAGAGCUUUCCACCCUGCAGCAGCAGAGCCCGGAGGGCUCCCUGACGCACCCCGAGCUGCUGGUUGCUGUGGAGAUGCUGUCCUCGGUGGCACUGAUUAACCGGGCGCUGGACACUGGGGACAGGCAGGCAGUGUGGAAGCAGCUGGAGAGCUCAGUGACUGGGCUGAGCAACGUGGAGGACGAGAACGCACAGAGGUACAUCGAUGAUCUGACCCGGUUGAAGGCAGCGGCACGGGCCGAGGGGAAUCCCUUCCUCACCUGGAAUGACAUCCAGGCCUGUGUGGACCAGGUGAACGGCACUGUGCAGGAGGAGCAUGAGAGGAUCAUUGCCAUUGGACUCAUUAACGAGGCUCUGGAUCAUGGCAAUGCUCAGACCACUCUGGCAGCACUGCAGCACCCAGCCGCCAAGCUGUCCGAGGUGCACCCUCCGGUGGCACAGCACUACCACGACACGUUGGUGCGGGCGCGCAGGGAGAAGGCACAGGACACACAGGACGACUCUGCGGUGCUCUGGCUGGAUGAGAUCCAGGACGGUGUGUGCAGUUCUAACAAGGAGACGGAGGACUCACAGCAGUUCUCUCUGGGGAUCCUGGGGAUCAAUGAGGCGGUGGAACGCGGUGACACGGCUCAGACCCUCACUGCCCUGCGCUCCCCCGACGUGGGGCUGUACGGAGUGACCCCCGAGUGUGACCAGGCGUACCAGGCAGACCUCGCCGUGCUCAAGAAGAGCAAGCAGGACGAGGGUGACAAUGGCAGUGACUGGGUGAAGCACUGGGUGAAGGGAGGGUAUGAUUACUACUUCAACAUCCGGACCAGGGAGGGGAGCUGGGAGGAGCCGGCCAACUUCAUCGAGAACAACACGCAGCUGGGCCGGGAGGACAUCCAGGCUACCAUCUCUGGAGUGACGUCUGCCUACAACCGGGAGCAGCUCUGGCUGGCCAAUGAGAACCUGAUCACUGAGCUGCAGGCGCGCUGCCGAGGAUACCUGGUGAGGAACGGGCAGACAGAACGCCUCAACUACCUGAAGAGACAGGGCCCGGCCAUCACCAGCAUCCAGUCUCAUUGGAGAGGCUACAAGCAGAGGAAGAAUUACCUGAACAGGAAGCAAUACCUGAAAGACCACACCGAGGAAGUCACCAAGAUCCAGUCCAAGGUGAGGAUGCACCAGGCCAGGAAGAGAUACCAGGACCGGCUCAAGUACUUCCGUGACCACAUUGAUGAUAUAGUAAAAAUCCAGGCGUUUAUCCGGGCCAACAAGGCCAGAGAUGAUUACAAGACACUGAUAAACGCUGCGGAUCCCCCCAUGGCGGUGGUGCGAAAGUUCGUCCACCUGCUUGACCAGAGUGACCAGGACUUCCAGGAGGAGCUGGAGCUGAUGCGCCUGCGCGAGGAGGUCGUGACCCAGAUCCGCUCCAAUCAGCAGCUAGAGAACGACCUCAACCUCAUGGACAUCAAGAUCGGCCUGCUGGUCAAGAACAAGAUCACCCUGCAGGAGGUGGUGUCUCACAGUAAGAAGCUGACCAAGAAGAACAAGGGGCAGCUCUCCGACAUGAUGAUGAUGAACAAGCAAGGCGGGCUGAAGGCGCUGAGCAAGGCAAAACGAGAGAAACUUGAGGCCUACCAAUUCCUCUUCUACCUGCUACAGACAAACCCCACCUACCUGGCCAAGCUGAUCUUCCAGAUGCCCCAGAACAAGUCCACCAAGUUCAUGGACUCUGUGAUCUUCACGCUGUACAACUACGCCUCCAACCAGCGCGAGGAGUACCUGCUGCUGAAGCUCUUCAAGACCGCACUGCAGGAGGAGAUCAAGUCGAAGGUGGACCAGAUCCAGGAGAUUGUGACGGGGAACCCCACCGUUAUCAAAAUGGUGGUGAGCUUUAACCGCGGGGCCCGGGGCCAGAAUGCACUGAGGCAGAUCCUGGCGCCCGUCGUCAAGGAGACCAUGGAUGACAAGGCACUGAGCAUCAAGACCGAUCCCGUGGACAUUUACAAGAGCUGGGUCAACCAGAUGGAGUCUCAGACUGGCGAGGCAAGUAAGCUUCCCUACGACGUGACCCCAGAGCAGGCGCUGAGUCACGAGGAGGUACGGACCCGUCUCGACGCCUCCAUCAAGCACAUGCGCACCGUGACGGACAAGUUCCUGUCAGCCAUCACUGUCUCUGUGGACAAGAUCCCGUACGGGAUGCGCUUCAUUGCCAAGGUGCUGAAGGACACGCUGCAUGAGAAGUUCCCUGAUGCCACCGAGGACGAGCUCUUAAAGAUUAUUGGUAACCUGCUGUAUUACCGCUACAUGAACCCGGCCAUUGUAGCGCCUGACGCCUUUGACAUCAUCGACAUGUCUGCGGGAGGUCAGCUGACCACUGACCAGCGGCGCAACCUGGGCUCCAUUGCCAAGAUGCUGCAGCACGCUGCCUCCAACAAGAUGUUCAUCGGAGACAACUCGCACCUAGCAAAUAUCAACGAGUACCUCAGCAACUCCUACCAGAAAUUCAGACGGUUCCUGCUGGCUGCCUGUGACGUCCCCCUUCUGGAGGACAAGUUCAACGUGGACGAGUACUCGGACCUGGUCACCCUCACCAAGCCCGUCAUCUACAUCACUAUUGCAGAGAUCAUCAACACCCACACGCUCCUGCUGAAUCACCAGGAUGCCAUCGCCUCCGAUCACAACGACCCCAUUCACGAGCUCCUGGAGGACCUUGGCGAGGUCCCCACCAUAGAGUCUAUGGUUGGGGAAGGCACGCUGUCCCCCGGGGACCCCAAUUGGGACAUGCUGACCAAGACGGAGGUGUCUCUCACAUUGACCAACAAGUUUGACGUGCCGGGCAGCGAGAAUGAAGAGAUGGACGCCAGGACACUCAUGCUCAACGCCAAGCGGCUGAUUGUAGAUGUGAUCCGUUUCCAACCCGGAGAGACCCUGACAGAGAUCCUGGAGACCCCUGCCAGCAGUGAGCAGGAAGCAGAGUACCAGCGAGCCAUGCAGCGGCGAGCAAUCCGGGACGCCAAGACGCCAGAGAAGAUGAAGCAGAAGAAGACCGCGAAGGACGACAGCCUGACGCUGCAGGGCAAGAAGGACAAGAUCCAUGCCAACCUGCAGCGCCUGGGGGAGAUGGGCAAGGUGAACCCUGAGAACCGCUACCAGGACCUCAUCAACGACAUCGCCAAGGAUAUCCGCAACCAGAGGCGGUACAGGCAGCGCAGGAAGGCGGAGCUUGUGAAGCUGCAGCAGACGAACGGCGCGCUCAACUCCAAGUCCAGCUUCUACGCAGUGCAGAUCGACUAUUACAACCAGUACAUCAAGACCUGCAUGGACAACCUGGCCAGCAAGGGCAAGGUGUCUAAGAAGCCGGGCCAGGUGAAGAAGAGCAAGCAGGUGUCUCAGAAAUACACAGCGGCACGGCUCCAUGAGAAGGGGGUGCUAAUGGAGAUCGAGGACCUGCAGACCAACCAGUUUAAGAAUGUAAUCUUUGAGAUCUCACCAGCGGAGGAGGUCGGUGACUUUGAGGUGAAGGCCAAGUUCAUGGGAGUGCAGAUUGAGACUUUGAUGCUGCAUUACCAGGACCUGCUGCAGCUGCAGUAUGAGGGCGUGGCUGUGAUGAAGCUCUUCGACCGAGCGACCGUCAACGUCAACCUGCUCAUCUUCCUCCUCAACAAGAAGUUCUACGGGAAGUGAGCGAGCUCAGAGAUCACAGACACUUUACAAAGCGCCAUGUUGGUACCCCAGACGCCACGUCCACACAGACCACAGCACCGUGCCACGUGGCCACGCCCCCGGGGAGUUUCCUCUCCAAUCAGAACUCUCGCUUUGCCUUGUAUUUGCUUUUCCUAGAUAUUUGCGAGUUCUCCAGUUUGUUCCCCCAUGGCCUGUCUGAGUAGCACAGACCUGUCUCAAAAUCCACAUCACUUUCUUUAGUAGAAAGCUUUUUUUAUUUCAUCAUCCUAUAAGAAAGUUUGCUUAUGUUAGACUAUGAUAAAAUUGCCAUUUAGGGAUGGUCAUUUAGGGCAGUUUUGAAGCAAUAUGGGAAGCGGCAAAGCACACAGUGUUGGGUAUUGCCAAUACAGUAUACCAGGACCACUGCUGACUUGAUUUUACAAUCUCAAAAACCAUUUCUGAGGCUUUUCUUUGGUUAGUUGUUCCUGCCCCAGCUGUUCAACGAGAGAGCAGGUGUGUGUAGGCCCUCAUGGAGGGUAUCACUCCACUUUCCCCCAAUACUGUAUAUUAGUUUAUCAACCCAAUCGUUCCACCACAGAAUGGUUAAAAAAAAACUCUAUGUAAAGGAAGAAAAAAACUGUUAAUCAUUUGUUUGUCUGUGCUUGAAAUUUGCUUUUGUUUGCCAGAGACAUUUAUUUUGUUUUUUAAAUACAGUAUACCCUUACUGAAAUGUCUCAUUCUAUGCAAUUUUAUAUCUUGUUUGAGAGAGAGAAAAAAAAAACACUUUUCUUUUCUUAGAUACCUUUUAUGAUAUAUAUAUAUAUAUGGCUAAAGCACGAAAACAUUAUUUUGAGGAGCUAUAUAUCAUGUAAAAGAGACAAUCACAUUUGAAACAAUAUAUGGUUCAUUUAUUUAAUAUGUGCAUGUAUGUAUUGGUGGUGUACAUUUGACUUCCCCUUAAAAUACUGCAAUUGAGUACAAAUAUAAUAUAAAGUUGACAGUGUUGCUUCGGUAAACUUUCUGUUAGCUGCAUACAAUAUCCACACAUGUUUACAGGUGAAACUGAAAAUCAUGUUUUACUUGCUUCCAUUGCAGUUGCUUUAGAGAGAUACCCAGGAUUAGGGAUCCAAUACUGGGAAGAUCGGUGCCUUUUUAGUAUUUUUGAAAUAGUAAUAAUAAAAUAAUAAUUAUCAUUAAAAAGUAUAACGAUGUGUUUUGUAUAAACAGUGUGUGCUUAAGGGGCAAUUUGGUAUGAGUAUAUACUAUCAGAUUUAUUUUAACUGAAAUAUUUGUGUUCUUUAUAUUGCCUUUAUGAACUGUUAAACUGCCCCCUGCAACACUGCCCCUAGUGCUUUAUGUGGUAUUACUCAUAGUGCAAAUGUAGGAAUUGCUUACACCCACAGCAGUGUGUUUCAGGGGGAAGUUUUAAUGGUUACACUCUAUGUACCAGAAGGGCUUGGAGUCCAGACAUGAUUCUGAGAGGCACAAUCAGGGGUGCACCAGGAAGUGAUGACUCAAACAGAAAACAAUACGAUAAAGAGCAAAGGAUAAAAUAGGUAAGAUAUGUCUGAUAUCUCCUACCAUCACCAAGCUGGUCUUCAAGGAAGCAGUCUAAAGGGGAAAGGUGUUUGAGUGGAGCCUGUUUUAGUCAUUAUGUACCCGGGUGUAUUCUCGUCUGGGGUGAUCUUCUUGUUACAUUAUAAUAUUCCGCACUGAUAUUAUUACAUAACUGUUCUACUGCAUAUCCCCCCCACCCAUGCUGCACAGGAAGUGAGGCGCAAGAAACAGAAAGAGACAGAUUUAACUUCUAUUGUGCAAGCAGGACAAAUGGGAUUCAGUGAAUGUACAGUCUGGGAAACUAAAAGAUCUUUUGAAAACCUGGGAAGGGACUUGCUGCAUGUUGAUUUGUGUAAUGGUGGUGUCUAUCCAGGCUGUCAGGAACAGUGCUAGUCACUCAUUGUAGUAUCGAGAACGAGACCUUGCACAUUACCCUUGUCAAAAGCGAAAUGAAACCGGGCCUGGUGUUGCUCUCUCAUUGAGUUGUACUUACAUUCGGAAGUGUUACGUAAUCAGCAUUGUUUUUUUUUUCUUUUCUUCCUGUGGCAUUUUGUUUAAAUAUUAUUAUGUGUAGUGCCUUGAAAUACAAAAAGUAAGUUCUGUAUUUAACAGCUCAAAAUAAAUUGCUGAGAAUUGA